AGACCGAAUGACCCAACCGUGCUCAUUCAAACUGUGUUCUUUGGCUUGAAGCUACUGGAUGUGACCUGGGUCCAAGUUUUUCUGCUUAAAUUGGGAAAAUCGCUUCAGAUAGCAGGGAGGUCUUCCAGAGCAAGAUGAAUGAUUUAUACCAGUUAAUUUUGUACUACUCUUUGCUGUUCGUACCUGUUCUAGGAUGGAAAAGCUCUGCAUUUUUGCCAAGGAGUGUGAGAAAUCAGAAGAAGCCGAUUGAUGAUAACUUUUACAAGUUUUGGAGGCGUUCAGUUCUUGAUGGGCUCAUAAAAUAUGACUACGACACCUGGUUUGCACGGUUUUUGGAAUUUCCUCCUUCACUCGAAGCAACUGUGGGCACAGAAUUCAAUUGUCCAGCAAUUCAAUCUCACCGUCAACCAUCAAGCGUACAUCGUUUAUUUCCCGGAGACAUCAACGUUGUUGCUAGCAUUGGAGAUUCAAUGACUACUGCUUUUGCCGCAAGGUCAAAGAGUGUAUUUGAUCUUUUCGUCGAAUUUCGAGGCAUUUCGUGGAGUGCUGGAGGCAAAGGAAAACUUGAAGAAGUAACCACACUGCCGAAUAUCAUAAAAAAGUACAACCCCAUGAUUUCUGGAUUCUCAACCGGAAUGACGCCUGUUUCUAAACGAAAAGACAACGGAUCUGGGAACAAUUUUGCAAAGUCAGGGGCAACAGCUGAGUCUUUGAGUGAACAGGUGGAAGAACUGAUUUCCGUCAUGAAGGAAAAUAGAGAAAUCAGCUUUAAGAAAGACUGGAAGCUUAUAACAGUUUAUAUUGGUACUGAAGAUUUGUGUCUGGCGUGCCAUGAUCAUGAUUUAGGCGCACGUCAUUUCAUCAAAAGAGUAUCACACACACUGGAGAAAAUUCGAGAGAAAAUUCCUCGUGUUCUAGUAAACAUUAUUCAGGUUUUUGACGUUACCAAGUACAAUGCACUAACGGGCUCUUAUUGCCAAGCGUUUCUGAAAGUGUCGUGUCCGUGUGCUGUCGGUGGAUAUCGCCAACGUGCUUUGGUAUCAAGACUUGCUAGCCAGUACUCAAGUUUAUUGAAAAGAUUAGUCGAUUCUCCAAAAUACAGAGAUACCCAAGAUUUUGCAGUUGUCCUGCAGCCGUUUCUGUCUCAUGCCGCACUGCCAAGAAACUCCAUGGGGAGGGAUGAUUAUUCGUACUUCGCGCCAGACUGUUUCCAUCUCUCCGCAAAGGGUCAGGCUGCAAUGGCAACGGCCCUUUGGAAUAGCAUGCUGCAGCCAGUUGGUCUGAAGAUGAAUGCCUUGAAUUUCAACGACAAACUGGGAUGCCCUCGGCCAGAUUUCCCGUUCAUAUUCACUAAAACGAAUUCAAAAGAAUACCUCUCCGCCAGGCCACAAAUGAAUUCAUUAAAAUGGGAUGAGCUAAGCAUGAACAGGGAAAAAGUUUCAGAAAGAGAAUCAAAAGAGAAAGGAGAGGUUGAAAGAGAGGCUGGCCCACAAUCACUUGCAGUAGCCAUUGGAAGUGGCUUCGCAGUGGCAGCAGUUGCAGUUGCUGUUGUGAUAUACGUUAUAAAGAAGAGAAGAGGGAAUAGUCUGCUAGCCGGAGAAGCCACUCGCAAUUACCAAACUCUUGGUGAUGAGACAAGACUCUAAUAGAUUUACUACACAUGUAUGCUUUGAGAAAAGUUUUUCUGCAAACUUUGUUACCUAUAACAUCUAACUUAGUUAAAUCUAAUUUAUACUGUUUGACACUUAAUGUAGCUGUAGUGACAUUUUUGUUUCGAUGUAGUCCAGUUUGAAGAUGUAGCUCUAAUAUUUAGGUUUGCUUUUUCUACAUAAAUUUUUUAACUGUU